GACUCUGACAGAAUGAGUGGACGCGGGAAAGGAGGCAAAGGACUCGGGAAAGGAGGCGCUAAGCGUCACCGGAAAGUUCUCCGUGAUAACAUCCAGGGCAUCACCAAGCCCGCCAUCCGCCGUCUGGCUCGCCGCGGCGGAGUGAAGCGUAUCUCCGGUCUCAUCUACGAGGAGACCCGCGGUGUGCUCAAGGUCUUCCUGGAGAACGUCAUCCGUGACGCCGUCACCUACACCGAGCACGCCAAGAGGAAGACCGUGACCGCCAUGGAUGUGGUUUACGCUCUGAAGAGACAGGGCCGCACCCUGUACGGCUUCGGAGGCUACCAAUGGGAGAGUGGGAACCGCACAGAGAAAUUUGCAUCUCCGGGGCUUAAGAAGGAGCAGCGCAGCGAGUUCGUCACACAAUUAUCGGUGAAUACCAGAAUUGUAACCAUGCCUGAACCAGCAGUGAAAGCAGCGAAGAAGGGAUCCAAGAAGGCGGUGGCCAAGACCGCCGGCAAGAAGGACAAGAAGAGGAGAAAGACCAGGAAGGAGAGCUACGCCAUCUACGUCUACAAGGUGAUGAAGCAGGUUCACCCCGACACCGGCAUCUCCUCCAAGGCCAUGGGCAUCAUGAACUCCUUUGUGAGCGACAUCUUUGAGCGCAUCGCCGGUGAGGCCUCCCGUCUGGCUCACUACAACAAGCGCUCCACCAUCACUUCUCGGGAGAUCCAGACCGCCGUGAGGCUGCUGCUCCCCGGGGAGCUGGCCAAACACGCAGUGUCUGAGGGCACCAAGGCCGUCACCAAGUACACCAGCUCCAAAAUGGCUAGAACCAAGCAGACCGCUCGUAAGUCCACAGGAGGCAAAGCCCCCAGGAAGCAGCUGGCCACCAAGGCUGCCCGUAAGAGCGCCCCGGCCACCGGCGGCGUGAAGAAGCCUCACCGUUACAGGCCCGGUACCGUGGCUCUCAGGGAGAUCCGUCGCUACCAGAAGUCCACCGAGCUGCUGAUCCGCAAGCUGCCCUUCCAGCGCCUGGUGAGGGAGAUCGCUCAGGACUUCAAGACCGACCUGCGCUUCCAGAGCUCCGCCGUCAUGGCUCUGCAGGAGUCCAGCGAGGCUUACCUGGUCGGCCUGUUCGAGGACACCAACCUGUGCGCCAUCCACGCCAAGAGGGUCACCAUCAUGCCCAAAGACAUCCAGCUGGCCCGUCGUAUCCGCGGCGAGAGGGCUUAAACUCACCUGACUGCUCAAAACAACCCAACGGCUCUUUUAAG